AUGGAAGAGGGGAUUCAACAGGCGGUGCGGUGCAUCAAGGCGGGCAACCACGUCGGCUUCGAGGAGGCGAUGCGCGCGCUGAGGCGAGGCUGCGAUGCGGAUGGGGUGUUUGAUAUCCUGCGCACCGAUCCUGGCGUGCUGGAUGCCGCCUACAUUCACUUUGUCGGGUUUAAAUUACUUAGUUAUCAUCUCAUCUGCCACCCCGCUCUACGCUUCACACGGAAGGAAGAGGUACAUCGAUUUUUGAUGGAUUACGCGGAUUCCUUGCUUGUGAAGCAGAUUAACCAUCCCACGUGGAGGCCGGUUGUUUCGGAGUUCGCCGCCAGUUUUGCCAUUUUUUUGAAGCUCAGCUGCGUGGCGCCGCCGAAGACGGUGAGCGAAGGGGAGCUGCGGGAUGUGGUUCAGGGGUUGGUCGUGUUGACCUCCACCGCACACUCGUCUCCCGCGUUUCUAUAUCUUUGCCGCGUGCUCGUGCAGCGCGCGGUGGAGGAGUUCGGGCUUUUUGAUCCAAUCUCGCGCUGCCGCGGGCUGCCGAUGGAGCCGAAUCGUCGCCUGCGUGGGUUGUUCAACACGGAGGGGUUUCUGCCCCUUUUGGCGAAAACCACCCUCUUAGGGAUGCUCCGCUCGCCCUAUGAGAGCGAUCUGUCGGCCGAGGCCGGCCUGCGCUGCCUAAUCAGCUGUUUUUCCUGGCCGCUGCACGCGUUUUUCGAGGAGGAGUCCCCGUCCGAUGAAUCGUGCGAGCUCUUCGAGGUGACGCAUCCGAUCUGGGAGGAGUUGCUACUCGUCGCGGGGUUCCCGAACGCGGAUUUACCGGGCCCGCACGCGACGUUGUUUGAUUUGCUUCGAAUGUGGUUCGAUCAAGGCACUUUGCGCGGCGCCCCGGUGAGGCGGCGGCAUCUUGCCGAAAUUUCUCACCUACUGUGUUCGUUUAAGAACCCGAGGUGGGGGCAGAGCGAAUCCGUUCAGUUUGUGAGGCCGUGCUUUCACCUUUGUAUAAAUAUGCUCGAGAAGAUUAUCGCGACGAACGACCUGGAGGAGUUUCAUCUCCUCUCGCCGCUUACCAAUGGGCUUUACCGUCUCGUUACCAACUACACGGCGCUCUUUCUCCAGCCCUGUUUUCAAGACGAGUUGAUGAAACUCGCCGAGAUGACGCGGUUUUUCGUCUCCUGGGAUGCCAGCAACCUCGACGAGGACGUCAUGUCGUCCUUGGAUGAGGCGAUGAGUGCCUGGGUGGGGCUGGUGACCUUCGUGGAACGGGAUUUUUCAGUGAAGAUGGAGGGCACGUCGCUUCCGUUGUUGCAAACGUGCUGCCAUUCCAUCUUCUCCGAUUUCUUAUCCACCCGAACGAGCGCGUGCGUCGUGGAUGAGGACGAGAACGGGGUCUCCGAGGCCUUGACGAACUCCCACCUCGAUCGCAUCGCACGUAUCGCCCGGGGCUCCCCAUCGGAAUGCUGCGCAGCGAUCAUCACGAUUCUUCAACGCCUCAUGGAUUCAUCGUCGUCGCUUUCCGCUCAGGGCGUCUCCGCGGGGAUGAACUCCACCCUUGUCGAGAGAAUCAGCGAGGGGAUAUGGAUUGUAUUGAAGGUGAUCGGCUUUUUUGUUGCAGACAGCGCGGAGGGUGAGCAGCCCUGCAUCCCGCGGUGUUUUGCGAACCUCGCCCUAAACGAUGACCGCUCCCUUGAGCGGUUGAUGGAGUAUUUUUUCUCGUUUUACAGCCUUCUCUCCACACUCCAAAUCCGCAGCGUGGCGGUGAUUUCGGCCUACUCGGAGAUCAUUCAUCGGUAUCUCCGCACCUAUGUCGAGUGUGAGGAUUGCGUUCUGCUUUACGCCGAGGCGUUUAAUGGUGGGGCGCGGGUGGUGGAUUUCGCGCUGAAGUUCUCCGAUGCGUGUAUCCAAGGCUUCCCUUACGACUUGGGUGUGAUGCGCUCGGUGGGGGAUAUUCUCGACAGCAUUGCCGAUAAAAGCCCCUCCGUGUUGGCUUACGUUCGCUCCUUGCCGGAAUGCACACAUCUGGUGAGGUACGUGCAUCAGCCGCUCAGCCACCCCCUCGUGGGCUCCACACGCGGGCGGAUUCUCGCCUUUUUGUUCAGCUGCUCGCCAGACCACAGCCAACUUGGCAUUGGAAAGGAGCUGAGCUCAGUCCUCACCGUUACGAGCGAGAGUCCUUUGGAGAGAAUACUGGAUUGCCUCUCCACCUUGCGAGGUUUUUUUGAGUCGAUGAGCCGGCAGAACAUUAUCCAAGCCACGUUCGAUUUAUUUUUUGCCGCCAUACACAACGUCCUCCAACUGAGCUUCUCACGUUUUCACGAGCACGAGCUUAUUGUUGAGUGCGUUCAAUGCGCUCGGGUUGUGUUCACCGUCUGUACGCCACUUCUGGAUAAUAAGCGGAUCCGCUUGCUGCUGGAUUUUGUGGUGUUGGUGAUGGGGAAAUCCUGUGAAUCCAUGCAAACCGUCAUGACGUGGCGCGCCGCGGCGAACGAAAAGGAUCGGAUUGGUUUACUCACCGCGAUCGCGAAUCUCAUCGUUUCCGUCGCGCAGUGGAAUGCGUUGGAUUGUUUUCUUCCGGAGGACGACGUGCAGCCCUUAGCGAGUACCACGGUUGCUACCUUGGUCUUCCUACUGGAUAACAUGGACGCCAAAACGCUCCUCUACCCCGAGCUCGAGGAGGUUACCUUCACGGCGCUGGAUAUGUGUGCGGAUUCCUUUGUUUCAACCUUUGUCAACUCAUCCAGUUCAAGUUCUCUUCAUUCCGCCACCCUCUACGCCUUAUCGUCUGAGCGGAAGAACGCGCAAAGGGUGGGUAUCGCAGUUGCUACAAAAGUAUCCGAUUAUUUAGAGUCCUCCCACGUAGCCGACAAAAAGGUCCUCCUGGACUAUCUGAGUGCGAUAAUGAACUCACUGAUUACGUGUAAGUCUCCCACUUUGAAUUAUCAAAUAGUCUCCAAGGCGAUUCUAUGCUUUGCUAAGCGAAGCUCGUUGGCUUCCAUCUCCGGCGUAUUUGACUCCAUCUCAAGCCCUUAUCCAUCAUUAAGGCCCUUUUUCGAAUCGAUCUACGUUUCAUUGGAAAGUAGUAUCGCUAAUACUAACUGCGCAGCCGCCCAACAAGAAUUCGAAGAGUGUUUACAGACAAAUUUCUCGCUAAUCAAGGCGUUAAAUACUCUCUAA